GCCUUGCAUCAUCAGAUUGAGACUGGCUUGUAAACGCUGAGUACACACAAAAGCUUGCAAUUUCAGGGCCUCCGAACGGAUAGCAUACUGACGCAGUGAUGCUGCUCAGAUCCACUAUUCACAUAGCGAUAUGCUUGCUGGUGCCGCUUGGUUCUGCGGCUGUUGAAUGGCAGCAGAGAUGGCAAGAGGAGUUCGACCCGUGUGUGGAGUCUACCAGCGACUGCGUCAACGGCUUGCGCACGAGCAUCUGGAAUUUCGAGGUUGGGGAUGGAACCCGCUACGGCCCCAACACUAUCGGCUGGGGCAACGGCGAGGCACAGUGCUACACACGCGACCGAAAGAAUGUGCGUGCCGUAAAGCAGGCGGGCGGCAUCUCCGGUGUUCUCGUGAUUGAGGCCCACUUCUCCAAACUGGGAUUCCCCUGCACCGCCAACACCUCGUCGGCUGUUGACGCGAUAGCAGCUGCUGGUGGCGCUGGCGGCGCCAAGACAGCCCCUGCUUCCUUCAGUGAUGCACCCGCCACGCGAUACUGGAGCAGCGGCCGAAUCACCACGCGCAACAAGGCGGCGUUCAUGUGGUCGAACGCAUCUUCCGCGGUCAAGGUGGAGGCGAUGAUCAAGUUCCCACAGGAGCUGGGCUCCUGGGCUGCGUUUUGGAUGCUACCCGACACGCCGCGGGACGACUGCCUGGCGUGCGGCGCGUACGGCAACGGCUGGUGCACGUCGGGCGAGAUCGACAUUGCGGAGACACGCAACCGGGACGCCCGCAUCCGCUCCACCCUACACUACGGCGGCCUCAAGGACAGCCCCUGGCUGGACUGCAAGUUCUCGCCAGCCGACUACACGGACACGGCCGGGCGGCUGUCGUACUGGACGCGCGUCAGCGCCGUGUGGGCUGCCGAUGGCAUCGCCUUCGCCGUCAACGACACGGUCGUACAGUCCAUCCCCGCGGCCUCGUGGUACACGGGCGCCGUGCCCGACAAGGCCGCCCGCCCCGCCGCGCCCUUCGACCAGCCCUUCCACCUGCUGCUCAACCUGGCGGUGGGCGGCGGCUUCCCGGCGGCGCAGUUCUACCCGGGCGGCGGCGGCUCGCUGGUGACGGACACGCGGCGGGCGCCGUACCGCCUGUGGGUGGACUGGGUGCGGGUGUACGACCAGGUGCCCGUGGCGGCGGCAGCAGCGUGAUGGAUGGAGCCGUAAAGGGGGUAGUCGAUUGGAGGGAGGUAGGGCCAGGGGUUUUGGGGGAGCACUACUGGAGCAGCCGGUGUUGUGUGGAACGCGCGAGUGUGCCAAGUAAACCGUCGAUACCAUGGCACCAAGUGUGGAAUUGUCGAGCACUCAAGUCGUCUGCGGGUGUGGACUGUGGAGCGGUUUGGCUAUGAGCUUCACGUAGGCUGUCAGGACGAAGUAAGCAAGGCGGUGGCAAGUCUGUCCGGUCUGCUCCCUAGCACUUGGAUUGACACAGCAUGCGCGCGUCAAGUCAGGCGUCCGUGUUACAGUGAUGGGCACUUCAAGUAGAGGAAUUUCAGCUAUCGCAGCCUUUGCCGGCGCAUGUUCCGUCGGCAUGAAUUGAUCACUGAACGUGUGCAGAUCUGCAGAUCUUGUGGUGGCAUCAGUGCUCUCAGUCGCUCAGGGCUCAACGCCUACCGCAUGCUUGCCAUGCAUGUCAUACACUUCGGGUUCAAGCGGGGGUCGCCGGCACAUUGGCCUACCUACGACUCUAAAGUCAGUCCACGCAGCCCAAGAACGAUGAAAGCAAAACUCUUGCGCGCGCACACUCCGUCUAGUUCUGACUCUGCCUGUCGUGCAUUUAUUACUCGUUCACUACGUCUCGGUCCCGAAACGCACUCGGGUACUGAUAGCACUGCACUCUCCACCGCGGCGGGGUAAUCAUACGCCACCGCCAGGGCUGCGAGCGGCAGAAGGAUGCACCCCGAAAUCUUGAUGAACCCUCAAUCACUUUCCCGUGCCCUGCCCAGUCACAAUCGCAUCAUGUCGGCCGACCGCUACACAGACAUCUGAAACACACACGGCACACCAGCAAAACCCAGUCGACACACUGCGCCACCAUGCAGUAACAGCCUCGUGUUCUUGACUGCAUUACGUGUGUCUGUUCCCUCCCCUUCGACUCGAUGUCAGUCGAAAGGUAUGGUUACGGCCAGUCAUUAUGAUCAGUACAUGGACUAGUAGUACAAGACGUAGCGUCCCGGCCCCACGCAAGCAGGCGCCGAUGCCCAAGCGCCGAUGAUAAUAUGCGUCACCAUCCGGGUUCACACAGUACUGCGAGAUGCAUCCCUAGCUGCCCGGAUGUCCGACAAACUUGUGCGCCCCAACAUG